GGACAGUAGAGCACAGAAUCACAACAGGACGAUCAGUGGACAGGAGAGUAUCGCAGAUAGAGUAUCUUAAUCUGAAGAGUCCAGUUUGUCUAGGUGUAGUACAUUUCCCAUCGUGACCUGAGAUUGACAACCAGCGAAUCGUCAAGAAGCAGAUGUGAGAUGAACGCACUGUGGCUGCCACUUCUCCUAAGCUCAGUCAUAUGGGCAGAGGAGGAUUAUUUUCAUAUUUCCCCCAAUGCCACAUGGGACAGCUACACUUUCCCUGACCGAAAUGCCACAUGGGAUGAGGCCAGGGACCACUGCCAGAAAUGUUUCAAAGAACUGACGACCAUCACCAGUGGAAACGUCCACCUCAUUGUGCGGAAGAACGCCUCUUUGAACUACUGGACCGGGCUCCGCAGGAGUUACAAUGGCACCGUCUCAUGGUCCAAAUGGUCCAAUGAGGAUCCCGUUACAUAUCAGAAUUGGUACCCUGGUCAUCCUGUGCCAAAUAAAGUAAAGGAAAAGAUGACUGUAUGUUUCUCAACUACAGAAACUCCACUGAGCACCUUAAUAACUACUACAACGUCAACCCCAGUGACCUCAACACAAACCUCUACAGUAACUACUCCAGUAACCUCUCCUUCUAACAAAACAGAUGGAACGUGUCCUAUACUGACUGAGAUCCUUGAAUGCUUAAAUAUGGUAUGUAAUAUGACAUAUAAUGAACUUAAAGAUGCAGUGCAUAAGUACACGUAUGCGAUACCCCAGGCUGUCACCCCUAACACCACAACAUAUAGCACCACCCCUCAUGCCACCACAUUUAGCACAGCCUUUAAUACCACAACAAAUGGCUCCACGACUGAGAGCACCACAGCCAGCAACUGCAUCCUCGUGGACAAGCCGGAUUCUGAAGUGUACAUCGAUGAUGCUUGCGUGGUCCUGUUCAGCUAUGGCAUGUGGAAAGAAGUAAAAUGCACUGAAAGUCAUCCCUUUAUCUGUUAUGAUGUGCCAUCUGCUGUUGAAAAUCUGACAGUAGUGAGCGUGAUGACUGAAAGCAUCUUACUCACCUGGAGUAAACCAGUAGGAGACAGUGACUUCUAUUCAGUAGAGUACAGGAAGCAGAAUGAAACCCGUACUCAAAAAAGCAAAUGCAAGGACAGCAACGAGUGCAAUGUUACAGGUCUUUCUCCAGGAUUUGAGUAUAAUUUCACAGUUAAAGCUAUAGUGAAUGACAAUAUUGAAGGAGUGUCGAGCAGCGUUUCUGAUUACACCAAGCCUUCAAAGGUUGUAAACCUAACAUCAACAAAUGAUAACAACACAUUCAUUAAAGCCUCUUGGAAGCUUCUUGCUGGUAACCAUUCAGGGUACCGCUAUUGUCUUUAUGAAAGCACUACCUGUACUACCUGUGAGAAUGCAACAAACUGCAACACUACAACAAGGGAAUCAAUAGAAGAGGGUGGUAAAACAGAUGGCACCAAGUAUUGCCUGUGUGUGGCAGCACUAACAAACAAUGACAUCCUAUCAGGAGAAAUGGUUGGAAUCCCAGCAUACACACGCCCGAAAACUGUGAUCCUCUCUUUGGAUGUCACAAGCAAAUCCAUAACAGCCAGCUGGACAAUACAUGGGAAUUAUGAAAAAUUCAAUGUGACGAUUGAAACAACUCAAAUCUCUCCAAACUAUUUUAACUUUGCCACUACUAAUGACUUGAAUUACACUUUCCGUGGCCUGAUGGCAGCAGUGAAUUACACCGUUACAGUUGUCACUCUUAAUGGUGACCUGGAAAGUAAACCUGCUACAAAGUCAAAGUACACCGUCCCUGUUAGUCCUAGUUGGGUAAAUGCCACCUCUGACAAAACUAACAUAAAAGUAACCUGGGGAGCUCCAGAAGACUCAAAGAAUGCCUCGAUUGACUAUUCUGUGCAGUAUGGCACUGCUUUCUGGAAAGAACAUUCUGAAAUGACAACAGAUAAAACAAGCAUCAGCUUUACUAAUUUAAAACCAGGAACAAAAUAUGACUUUAAUGUCAGUGUUGUGGCUGGAAAUUUGACAAGUUUUCCAGUCAACGCUUCUGCAAAAACAGAGCCUGAGAAGAAGACACUGAUCCUCACAAUGUUGUGCUCCUCUCAAACGCCACUUCAGUGUGAAAGAAAUGAUACUCAGACUGAUCUAUUAAAACAGCUGAACAUAACAUUUACUAAUGAAUUUGAAGACUUGGUCCACUGGAAGCUGAAGUGGGUGGAGAGGAAGGUGAACAGUCCUUAAAGCAAACGCUGGGUUUAUAAAAACAGAUGGAUAUAGAAGCAGUCAACAUUUAUUGUGAUUCAUUUCUUAUCAAAUAUUUGUAUGAUUUCUAUUUAACGCAGACUCUCUGUUCUUUGAAUCCCUAUGGAUACGAUCAUUACGUCAUAAAAACAUACUGUGUGUUUUUACAUUUACUCAUCCAAGAUAAUUUCAGAUAAUUUUUUGUAUGCCAUACAAGAUUCUGCUCCAUUUUAAGUUGAAAUGACUUGAUUUGAUUAUACUUAAAAACUUAAGACAGCAAGUUGACAUUUUUUUAUAGUAGCUAACAUGAAAAAACUAUUACUGAAAAAAUAAUACUGAAAUGUUGUGUGAUUUGUUUUGUUUUCUGAUCGUGAUUUCGGAUUAUGUUGUUUAGCAGACACUUUUAAGCUUUUCUUGAAAGAUGCUCUCAGUAGUUUGGGUUCUCAUUGGUUUUUAAUUGCAUUUUUUUUCUUUUCACAAAAUGCAGACCUGUGUACUGUGAAUAUUGUGGUGUGAUGAUAAUUUACUGUAGUCGAGGGAGAUAUAAUUCAUUUGUGUAACACUGUAACAUUUAAUCAUUUUUGUCAGUGACAUUUGUUAUAGCUGCAUGUGAAUUGCAGUUUUAAUUUUUAUGGUGGAAUUUUUACUGUUACUAUUUUAGAUUUUUUCGGGGAUUGGUUUCAUUAUAAAUAAAUCUAUUCCACAUGCAUUUGACAGCUUCAUUUCACUACAUUAUACAAGUUCUCAGCAUAAUUACUGUCCUUCAGACACGCCAAAUAAUAUGCACUGCAAAAAGGGAUUUUCUUACUUUCCGUCUAGUUUUCCAUUACAAAUAUCAUAAUUGCAUUGUUGUUUAUUGCAUCACAUCUUUUCAAAAUGUACUAUAAAUAAAAUAUGAGGCUGCUAGCACAGAAAUGUCUAUAUUCUCUAUGACU